AUGACUCGCUACGGGGGCCUGGGCCGGACGCGCCCCAAGAAACUCACCUCCAAGGCGUCCAUCCCCAUCGUCCGCGAGGAUGAGAUCGAUGCCCUCGACGAAGAGAUCCAGUCCUCCCUACAAAACAUCGAAACCGGCGUUGAAAAGGCCGAGGAGGAGGAAUUCCAUCUGCAGGUCGCCAUCAAGGCCAGCGCCCGCGGCAAGGUCAACGCGUCCCACAUCCCCACCCCCGAGACCAUCCUCAGCAACCUGCGCUAUGAUGAGCUGUACCCGCCCAUUUUCUCGCAGCCCGCGACGUACAUCCGCUUCUCCUCCACCGUCGAGGACUGCUGCGGAUGUCCGUAUAACAUGACCGAGGAGGACGAUGUGUUCCUCAAGAUCUUCAACCAGAAGCGCGACGCCGCCGACCAGUGUUCCGAGGAUGACUUCGAGGCGACCAUGAACUUCUUCGAGGAGACCGCGCAGGCUAAGCAGCCGUUCGCGGCAGUCGACAGUCCCCCGGUGCCCUCCUAUGCGGACAUGGAAAGUGCGAUGGAUGCCGCGGUAGAGGAUUGUGUCAAGCGCUUCGCCAAGGAUAUCUAUGAGCACUGGAAGUCGCGUCGGAUGGCCACGGAGAACCAUAGCCUGCAGCCAAGUCUCAAGUUUGAAACCGGCCAAGACACGGACGAUAGUGAUCCGUAUGUCUGUUUCCGUAGGCGCGAGGUGCGGCAGAUCCGCAAGACUCGUGGCAGAGAUGCGCAGAGCGCGGAGAAGCUGCGGCGUCUGCGUAAGGAGCUGGAAGACGCGCGGCAAUUGAUUGCGCUGGUGCGCCAGCGCGAGAUCGGCCGACGGGAGAUGAUCUCGAUGGAGCGUCAGGUCUUCGCCCAGCGCACCGAGGUCAAAGAGAUGAAGCGGAAGCUCAAUAUCAAGGAUGACGAUGAGGAUCUCAUCAACCAGAAGCCGAAGAAGAAGCAGGCCGAAAUGCCCCAGCGACCCAGUGCGCCACAACUGCGUCUGCCUCUCAAGGGCGGUGUCACCGGCGCCGAGGACUUGCAGUUGCUGGAGGAAGUCCAGGCCGAGAAGGAGAACGACAUCCUGCGCGAUAUCAAGCAGAACAUCAGCAAGCACAUCAAGUGGAACGAGGGUUAUGUGGAUCACACCCGCGCACCACUGUCUCCAUCUCCCGAGCGGACAUUCGACACAGCCGCCUUCCGGCCUGCGUUCACCGCGCAACUGCCCACACCGCCAUCCUCCGAGGCAUCCGAUCAUAACAUGAUGGACACCUCGUUAGACGUGACGAGUCCCCUCUUCGCGCGAGACAAGUUCGCCUCGCGCGCAAUGGAGCUGCACGAAGAACCGCACAAACUCCCCUCCUUCCGACGCCGCAUCGGGCGAGGCGGCCGGCUGCUGGUGGACCGGCGCAACGUGGUGGCCGGGCGCUGUUCCGUCGAUCUGGAUCCCCUCAAAGCAGACCGCUUCAAGUACGACCAGGAGGACUCGGACGACGAACCCGUCUAUGACACCGAUGGGUAUAGCCUCCAGAUCAUGCAGCACCGCGCCAUCACCAUGGCCAAGGCCCGCGAACAGGCCGCCGUGGCUGCCCAGGCUCAUGCGCAGGCGCACGCCCAGGCACAAUCUCAGCGACGAUUGCAGACGGACCAGCAGCCGGGUCAUAACCCCCCGGUCAAUUCGGGGCAGGCUGCGCCGUCGGAAACGUGA